AAUUAUUGCAACCAGGUAUACCGGGCUGACGAUUUAAACACAUCAGCGCGCAGUAGAAGAAAACUCUGACAAGAUAAAGACAAAAUAUCAUGUGAACAAACUGAAGUCUAUUCUCCAAUGUGUCCUGCUAUUAGUAUGGAUGCUGCAAGGCACACUUCCUGCCACUGGUUCAGAAAAGACCUUCGUCUCCAUGACAACCCAGCUCUGAAGGAUGCCCUGGACAAUGCUGACUGUUUCUAUGGAGUCUUUGUCCUUUCCAACUUCCAUCCCUCCAUAACCUCUGGAAAUCGCUGGAAAUUCCUCUUACAAUGCCUGCAGGAUUUAAACAACAGCUUAGAGGAACUUGGUUCUAAGUUGAUUAUUCUCACAGGUUCCCCAGUUGAGAUUUUCCCAAAGCUCCUACAUUCCCUUAAAGUCACCAAGCUAACAUUUGAGGUAGAUACAGAGCCAUUUGCCCAGCAGCGGGACUCAGUCAUAAGUCAUAUUGCCAGGUCUGCCGGAAUUGAAGUGAAGACACAUGCCUCACAUACAUUGUAUGACAUUGAAUCCCUGGUGUCUCAUUGCAAUGAAAAUAUACCUUUGGUAUUUGAUGAGUUCCUGGAAAUGAUAUCUGGAAUUAGUCUUCCCCCUAUACCAGUAUUGGAAGUGAAGCAAGUGCCAUGCCUGCAACUCAAGUAUUUGAAUUCACUUGGCAGUACAGGCAUUAAGGUGAUAUCAUCACUUAAAGAUGUUCCAUGCAACCAAAAUGAAAGCACAUGGGAAGGAGGAGAGACAGUUGGUCUUCAGAAGCUGGAGGAGUACUUACAACAGAUGGUGAGAAAUGGGUUUCUGCCAGAAGUAAUAGACGCUGAUGUUUUGAUGUCUAACAAGGGAGUUCUGUGUCCUUAUCUUCGUUUUGGUUGCCUUUCGCCACGCACUGUGUACUUCACGCUAAAAGGACGUUACCAGAAGACUACAAAGAGAUCCGCUCCACCUCGUCUCUUCUCAAGUUUGUUGUGGCGAGAGUUUGCAUUUCUACUCGGCAGCCGGAACCCUGACAUGCACAAGACAGAAGGAAACUCGUACUGUCUUCAAGUCCCAUGGCGAAGUGACCAGGCCAUCUUGGAAAGACUACGACAGGGGAUGACAGGGUUCCCGUGGAUUGAUGCUAUCAUUCGGCAGCUGCGCCAAGAAGGCUGGGUCCAUGAUGUUGCUCAGCAGGCUGUUGGGUGUUUCCUGACAUGGGGGACACUCUGGCAAAGCUGGGAAGAGGGGUUUAAGUUAUUUGGAGAGUUGAUGCUAGAUGCUGGGUGGAGCCGAAACGCGUUCAACUGGCUCAACAUGUCAAAUAGCAUGUUAGCUGAUGGUCCCCUACCGUACUUUUGCCCAGUAGAUGUCGGGAAAGCGAUCGACCCGUCUGGAAAAUAUAUAAGAAAGUACAUUCCGGAGUUGGCCAGCUUUCCUUCAGAAUUCAUCCAUGCACCCUGGACUGCACCAGAGGAAAUACAGAGAGACACCCAGUGUGUGAUUGGUGAUGAUUAUCCCUAUCCACUGGUAGACCACAAAGAGCAGCGAAAGAUCAAUAUUCAGGCCUUACAAUCCAUGUGUAAGCAACAAGACAACAUUCCAGAUUGUCCAAGUCUCGGUAUCGCCAGCAUGCACUGGUUCAGGAAAGACCUCCGUCUGCACGAUAACCCGGCACUCCUGGAAUCCUUCAAGAAUUGUCAAGCCUUUUAUGGCGUCUACUUCCUAGAUCCAGCGUCUGUCCAGCGUUCGAACCUCAGCCCCAAUCGCUGGUGGUUCCUGCUGGAAAGUCUGCGUGAUCUUGACUACAAUCUCAGAUCCCUUGGGUCCCGCCUUCUCGUUGUCCGUGGUCAGCCUGUCCAGGAAAUGCCCAAGCUUCUCGAUCAAUGGAACAUCAAGCGUCUAACGUUAGAGUACGACUCUGAGCCGCCAGCAAAACAGAGGGAUGCAGUUGUCACGCACUUGGCAAAAAACUUAGGGGUUGAGGUAAUCCAAAGGGUAUCACACACUCUCUAUGAUGUGGAAACAGUGUUUGAAGAGCUCUACGAGAGUGAUUCGUAUGCAACAUGGGACGGGUUCUUGACAUUUAUCGACAAAUUGGGAUCACCCGAAGAACCAGUUGAUUUGAUUGACUGGAGAAUGUGUCAUCCGACCCGGUUGUCUGUGCCUGAGACAUCAGGGAGUAACUUUGACGUGCCUACACUGCACGAACUUGGAAUCAACCCAAAGAAAGUGACUUGUGAUGCUUACUGGAAGGGAGGGGAGGGUGCAGGAUUGGAGAGGCUCAAGCUGUACGUCGUUGAGGCAACGAAGCAGAAUUUCAUACAGCCUCCUAUUUGCGCAGAGAUGUUACAGGUCCGCAAACCUCACCUAGACCCGUACCUAAGGUUUGGUUGCGUGUCACCUCGUCACGUCUAUAAAGAGCUCAAGAAUGCUUACUCACAGAACUACAAAAUGGAAGCACCAGUGAUUGUAUUUGAAAGCUUACUUCGCAGGGAAUUUUACUUCUACCUGUCAUCCGCAAAUUCCAACUUCUGUAAUAUGGAAAACAAUCCCAUCUCCCUUCAAUUCCCUUGGGAAGAAAACAAAGAGGGUCUUGAACGGUGGAAAGAGGGCAAAACGGGCUUCCCGUGGAUUGAUGCAAUAAUGCGACAGUUGCGAGAGGAAGGCUGGAUCCAUCAUUUGGCUCGGCAAGCAGUUGGCUGUUUCCUGACUCGUGGCUGUUUGUGGGUCAGUUGGGAAGAAGGAUUCAAAGCGUUUGAUGAGCUUCAGCUAGAUGCAGAAUGGAGCUUAAACGCGGGCAACUGGUUGUGGCUGUCGUGCAGUUCGUAUGUGAAUGGUGCCGUACCUUGGUACUGCCCGGUAGGAGUUGGCAAGCAAAUCGACCCGACCGGAGAUUAUAUCAAGCGGUAUGUCCCCGAAGUCCGUGGUCUUCCGUCUGAGUAUGUUUGCGAGCCUUGGAAUGCCCCGUUAUCAGUCCAGAAAGCAUGCAGAUGUGUAGUCGGAGAGGAUUAUCCGAGUCCAAUAGUAGACCACAUGGAACAGCGAAUGAUUUGCGUGCAAAGAAUGAAGCAGCUGUCUAUUGAUCUUGGCGCAAAAGUUCCGGAUAAUGGUUGCACAAGUGUACAUUGGUUCCGAAAAGAUCUUCGACUUCACGACAAUCCAUCUCUUCUGGCUUCGUUGGACAAUUGCAGCACCUUCUUCCCAAUUUACGUUUUGGACAUGGAGUCUGCUCGGGCCAGCAAGAUCAGCGCCAACCGCUGGAACUUCUUGUGUGAAUGCUUAGAAGCGCUGGACCGUCAACUCCGUGUUCUGGGAUCCCGGCUGUUUGUUAUACGAGGACGCGCCAUGGAUGUACUCCCAUACCUGUUCCAUGAAUGGUCUGUAAACCGAUUGACAUUUGAAAGAGAGAGUGAACCAGCUGGUCGUCAGCGGGAUGCUGUGAUCCAAAUGCUUGCUGAAAAGGCGAAGGUGCAAGUGCUGCAGCACAAUGCUCACCUUCUGUAUGACACUGAUGAGGUGUUGGAGAUAAACGAUGGCAAGUUGCCGAUGACUUUCGACAAAAUGGCCAAGACUGCAGAACAGCUGGGACCUCCAUGUCCACCUUGCCAGACGGUAGAUAAGACAGUGUUUGGUGCGUGCUUAACACCUGUCGGACCGGACCAUGCUGACAAGUAUGGCGUGCCCCUGCUAUCCGAGUUCGGAAUGAAAGAGUUAAAGGAAGCCACCGCCAAGAAAUACUGGACUGGAGGAGAGCCCGAAGCUUUGCGACGACUGAGCGCUGCUUUGAAAAAGUGUGCUGAAAACGACUUCGAGGAAAGGGGUUGGACAAUUGAUGAGAUGUUUUCGAACGAUGCACACCUCAGCCCGUACAUGAGAUUCGGAUGUUUGUCGCCACGCCUGUACUACCAACAGCUCGCUUUGACCUACAUGAAGGAGAAGAAAUCUAUCCCGCCAGCAACAUUGUUCACUGGACUCGUUCGACGAGAACUUUUCUUGCAUGUAGCAAGCCACAACGCCGACCUCGACAAAAUGGUGGAUAAUCCCUUGAGCGUGCAAUUUCCUUGGGAAGAGAACAAAGAGGGUCUUGAACGGUGGAAAAACGGCAAAACGGGCUUCCCGUGGAUUGAUGCAAUAAUGCGACAGUUGCGAGAGGAAGGCUGGAUCCACCAUUUGGCUCGGCAAGCAGUUGGCUGUUUCCUGACUCGAGGCUGCUUGUGGGUCAGUUGGGAAGAAGGAUUCAAAGCGUUUGAUGAGCUUCAGCUAGAUGCAGAAUGGAGCUUGAACGCGAGCAACUGGUUGUGGCUGUCGUGUAGUUCGUAUGUGCAUGGUGCUGUACCUUGGUACUGUCCAGUAGAGGUUGGCAAAAAAGUCGACCCGACCGGAGAUUAUAUCAAGCGGUAUGUCCCCGAAGUCCGUGGUCUUCCGUCUGAGUAUGUUUGCGAGCCUUGGAAUGCCCCGUUAUCAGUCCAGAAAGCAUGCAGAUGUGUAGUCGGAGAGGAUUAUCCGAGUCCAAUAGUAGACCACAUGGAACAGCGAAUGAUUUGCGUGCAAAGAAUGCAGCAGCUGUCUAUUGAUCUUGGCGCAAAAGUUCCGGAUAAUGGUUGCACAAGUGUACAUUGGUUCCGAAAAGAUCUUCGACUUCACGACAAUCCAUCUCUUCUGGCUUCGUUGGACAAUUGCAGCACCUUCUUCCCAAUUUACGUUUUAGACAUGGAGUCUGCUCGGGCCAGCAAGAUCAGCGCCAACCGCUGGAACUUCUUGUGUGAAUGCUUAGAAGCGCUGGACCGUCAACUCCGUGUUCUGGGAUCCCGGCUGUUUGUUAUACGAGGACGCGCCAUGGAUGUACUCCCUCGCCUGUUCCAUGAAUGGUCUGUAAACCGAUUGACAUUUGAAAGAGAGAGUGAACCAGCUGGUCGUCAGCGGGAUGCUGUGAUCCAAAUGCUUGCUGAAAAGGCGAACGUGCAAGUGCUGCAGCACAAUGCUCACCUUCUGUAUGACACUGAUGAGGUAUUGGAGACAAACGAUGGCAAGUUGCCGAUGACUUUCGACAAAAUGGCCAAGACUGCAGAACAGCUGGGACCUCCAUGUCCACCUUGCCAGACGGUGGAUAAGACAGUGUUUGGUGCGUGCUUAACACCUGUCGGACCGGACCAUGCUGACAAGUAUGGCGUGCCUUUGCUAUCCGAGUUCGGAAUGAAAGAGUUAAAGGAAGCCACCGCCAAGAAAUACUGGACUGGAGGAGAGCCCGAAGCUUUGUGACGACUGAGCGCUGCUUUGAAAAAGUGUGCUGAAAACGACUUCGAGGAAAGGGGUUGGACAAUUGAUGAGAUGUUUUCGAACGAUGCACACCUCAGCCCGUACAUGAGAUUCGGAUGUUUGUCGCCACGCCUGUACUACCAACAGCUCGCUUUGACCUA